AUGGCAACAACCGUCAAGUACUGGAUCGUCGACAUCUUCUCCACCACGGCCUUCAAGGGCAACCCCCUUGCCGUCGUGGACGACACUGACGGAUUGCUCUCUGACACCCAGCUCAAGCUCAUCACUCGCCAAUUCAAUCUCUCGGAAACGACCUUUUUCUCCAAACCCACGCGCCCUGGUGCGACCUACAGACUGCGCUCCUUCCUUCCCGACGGAAAGGAGGUGUUUGGCGCCGGGCACAACAUCUUGGGCGCUUGGUGGUUCCUCGCCGAUUCGGGGCGGCUGGACCUCGGCUCGCCUACCUCUGUGGAUGGUGCCACUGGGAGCGAGGAGUUCACCGUGUACCAGGAGCUGGGAACGGAGGUCUUACCGGUCAAGAUCUUGCGCACCAAGGACGCAGCCGCGGAUGGAGGUCACCGAAUGUCCGUGUCGCUGAGGCAGGUCUCGCCAGGGACGCAUGCGAAGCACCCUGACCCUGCGAGCCUGGCGGCCAGCAUCGGGCUCGCACCUCAAGACGUCGGCGUCGCCGUCGAGGCUGCCGACGGCGGUGACCACGUCACGCUGGUGCCGCAGGUCAUGUCGACGUCGACGACGCGCCAUCUCCUCGUCCCGCUCGCCUCGGUGGACGCACUGAACAAGGUGGUCGUGCAAAAGGACAAGCUCCUGCAGCAGCUCGCACUCGUCGACAAGUCGGCCUACGGGAUCUUUCUCUUCACGCCCGUGUCGCCGCCGCCGCCACCGCUGUCGUCCUCGACAGACGCCACCCCGACGUACCGCGCCCGCUUCUUCAGCCCCGGCAUGUCGUCCGAGGACCCAGCCACGGGCAGCGCUGCAGGCCCCUUCUCGGCGUACUUGCAUAACCACGGGGCGCUGACGUCGGACGGAGACGUCGCGGCAAUCGAGGUUCAGCAGGGCCACAGGGUUGGAAGAGAGUGCGUCAUCCGCGUCGAGCUCCAUGUCCGGCCUGGCGCCAAGGGGGACGGCGAGGCGUUGGAUGUCGACAUCGUAGGCGGGGGCACGCUCGUGGCUGACGGGAACAUGACAAUUCCCAACCAGUUCACGCAAUUUUGA